AUGAAAGGGCCGGACGUCAACAUUUCGGCGUGGUCUCAGCGACAUCACCAAGAGCAAGUCCAUAUCGUCCUAUUUCCGGUUCAAAACAUUGGUGGAAACUCCGUAUCCCGCAUCCGUCUGCGUGUGAAAGCGGUCAGCAUUGUACCCAGUAACGGCUAUAAAGUCGUUGUCACUUCAAUUCCCGGGCAGGAUUGCUCCACUAGCCAGUCGACUACUGAGUCGCCAACCUGGCCGCCAAUGCAGGUUGCACAGGACUCCCCAGGCCUCAUCGGAGGUGACGCGAGUAACGGUACUUUGUCGGACACCCACGGGAUCGGACUGCUGCCCACUGGCGGCACGAUUGGUGACCUCGAUGGCAUGUCCUUUGGGCCCCCACCCAUCACGACGAACGGUUUGAAACUCGAAGGCAGUGGAGGACACCAGAAACCUGCCAAGCCCAAGCAAAAACGAAACAAGCCCACAUUGUCAUGUCUGGAGUGUGUCGAGCGCAAGACGAAAUGCGACCGUGGACGACCCUGCCUCGCUUGUGUGAAACGACAAUCGGAAUGCCAAUAUACGGUGGUGGCAAACCUCAUAGCAACCGCAGACCGUAAAGGCAGUACGAGUAACAAAGCCAGAUGUGUCGCGAAGCCGAAUAAAGUACGCAAGAACAGCACUUCGUCUUCGGCGACCAUAACCUCACCAACCACCGAUAAUGGCUGGGCUACGAUCGAGAACCGAGCACACCGGAAAUCCAUGUCAUCGAAUGGAUCAUCACCAUAUCUGCUAUCAAAUGUUCCAUAUGCUAGGUCUUCGCCUUCGAAUGUCUUUGGCGUUGGAUCACAGCACCCCUUCUCUAAUUACUGGACAUGUCAGGGUGGUCUGCCAGAGGUGAUUAGUGUUAUGCCUUCGAAGGAUCAGGCGGAUAUUUUGAUUGAGAAGUACUUUGAGUCUGUCGACCCAGUAUAUCCCUUCAUGCACAGACGGACCUUCUAUGCCGACUAUGAACGAUUCUGGGCUCUGGCACCGGAGGAGAGGAACAAUACCGACGCAUCAUUCAUGGCACUGCAAUAUGCAAUGUAUGCCCUUGGCACGCAGUUCAUGCAGUUUCCAUCAUACGAGGAGCGGUCACAAACGGCAGAGUUCUACUGUUCGGCCGCCAAUCAAGCAUUACGAGUCUAUUCCUACCUCAAUCGAACAUCAAUGCGUGCUAUCCAGGCUAUGCUGCUUAUGGCAUACUUCCUGAUGAACGACAAUCACGCUUCCGAUGCAUAUGCUUGGGCUGGCAUACAUCUCCGGCAAGCCUAUGCCAUGCGACUCCAUCGAGAUCCCGAUGUCGUUGUCCCCGACGCAUCUGUGCUCGAGAAACAGCAACGACGCAAGCUCUGGCAAGCCGUCUUCCACCACGAUACUUUCCUCACGGUCCUGCUCAAGCUCCCACCCACCGCCACCCAUAGCGAUGUACCUGUGGAAUCCCUCGCCGAUGAACACGAACUCAGCAUGGACGGCCUAGACACAUGCCUGGGCACGCACUCGCGCGUCGAAAACCUCAUGAGCAUCAGCGUCAUCGCACCCCAAGCCUGCGAGCCCCUCGCCCCACCACUACCCCACCACAUCGUCGGCCCCGACACGAUGAAAAGCGACGUAGCCUUCAUGCGAAGCAUGUGGCACCUCGGCAACCUCGUCCAAGAAAACUUCUCCUCCCCCUCCUCCCUCUCCCUCCCACUUGCCAACAGCCCGCGGCACAAAGACAACCUCAUCGCGACCUUCAAACGCCUCUACAAGUCCUUCCCCUCGCACCUCACGAACCUGGACUACAACGCGCUGCAACAACAGAAAUCCCUGCACCCACGCGCAGCCCGGCAGAACCUCUUCCUCAGCUCGAACUACUUCCACUGCAUGAUGCUGCUCCAAUCCACCGACAACGAAGCCGGGGGCGUCGAACCGAACAUCAAAGGCGCGCUCGAAGCCGCCCACGAAGCCAUCUGGUCCUUCUUCAAACUCUGGGGUCUCUUCGAAAGCGAAGCAGGUGUCUGGUGGGUCUUCCAGCAUCGGGCCUUCGAGGAGGCGCUAUUAAUAGCACAUUUGUUAUCACAACCUUUACCCGUGGAUGGCAACGGCGAGGUCCUGUAUGAUCCGGUCUAUGACCGGGCGAAGGAGGAUGUGGCGCGGAUGUUGGAGAUAAUGGAUCGGAAUUUCCGGUAUGGGGGCAGUUUGGAGAUGCAUCGGACGCGGAAGGAGGUGCUGCAGCAGGCGUUUGAGGCGAUUGUCAUAUAA